CUUCAUCCAUAUUAUACAAGUAAUUUUUUGAAUCAGUUUUAAAACACUUAAAAGGUUCUUCUUCCAAUUUACUCUUCACUUUACAAUCUUCAUACUGUUCUAUAGGACUGCAAUUUUCUUUGCCCAAAAACAUGUUGUUAAUUAUGGCUGAUUCUUCUUUUACAUUAAUAUGCUUAAUUUUUAUAAUUCCAGAUCUAUCUGUAUCACACUGCAUAACUUCUAAUUGAAUCAAUUGUUUCCGAUGACAAUUCUUAAAUGUAGAUCAUCUUCUUGCAUUUGUCUGCAACAAGAUCAGAUUUUGGGUCAAAAUUCUCAUUGGUUGGUGGGUAACUCGAGGGGUAGUAUGUUUUUUGAUGAUAAUGAAAUUGUAACCUCAUCCACACUAUCAUUAUACACUAUACACAAAUUCAAUGUUUCAUUUCAAUUCACAGUUCCAUGGGGAACCGCAUGGAGGUCGACCUGAUAAGGUAUAUUGAUAGCAAUGGGGACUAAUCUCUCCAUUACUAACAAUUCCUUCUCUCUUGGAUGAUAAUGGCAUACAGUAGUAACUCCAAUCGUGCUAACGGUAUACUGACGGAGCACUAGUGAGGAUAGGUCACAGGCCAGACAUAAUAAAUACCAAAGACGUACCUACCUAUGAAAAGUUUCUUUAAAUAAUAAUAAUAUAAGGUAAUUUUUUUUUAAUGGACGAAAAUGAAAUGGUAGCCCCGCUUGCGUUAAUGAUAUAUGCUGGCGGAGCACCGGUAAGGGAUGAUAGAUGAUAAUGGAAUGGUACUGCCGUCUGCGCUAAUGGUGUAUGCUGAGGGAUGAUAGAUUAAAAUGAAAAGGCAGGUCAGUUAGCUCAUUGUAAUGAUAACAUCUGGAAUUUAGCAUGGGCUAAUUUUGGUUAUUGCAGUUCGACGCGAAGUUUAUAAUUCUGAAUCUUUGAUGAGCAUGAAAGUGGGGUACAGUGUAAUGGACAGUAUUGACAGUGACAGUGACAAAAAUUACAAAAUGUAAUAUUUGAUAGUAAAAUAACCUAUACUUAUUAUAAAAUACAAUGUUUUUAUUUAAUAUUUAAGUACAAAAAUGUCUCAAAUAACAGAAAAUUAUAUUAAUAAUGUUAUUAAUUUAAUUAUAUCUGAUCUUAACCUGGUAGAGUGCCAUUAUUCACAAAUAAAGUUUGAGUCAAUAGCUCAAAAUUAUUUCGGCGUUCUAAUCCCAGUAAUUUUAACUGGAAAAAAUGGAGAAAAUGAAGUAACUUUAGAUAUAGUUUUAAAAAUUGCUCCUACCGAUGAAAGAUUUCGGGAGAAGAAACCAGUAGCAGCUUGCUUGAUAGAUUAUCAAACAGUUCGUAUGUCCAGUCCAGCAUAUGAUACUCUAUUCUUUAUUAUAACAAGUACACAGUCUGAAUUAAGGCAUAAACAUUACCAAGAAUUAUUAGAUAUUUAUUACCAAACUUUUAAUAAAGUUUUGAAAGAGGUGGGUUUAGAUUCACACACUUUAUAUUCAAAGAAAAUGUUAUAUGAUGAUUUAAAAAUUGUUGCUCCUGCAUGCUUUAUUGUGGCUAACACUGCAUUAUGGCUAUCAAAUGGUUUGCAGCAAGAAGGACAUGUUAGGAGCAAAAAUAUCUGGACAACAGAUGAAGAAAAAGAAAUGGCUGUCAAUAAAUAUAAAUCAGUGAUUAAAAAUAUAUUAGAUGAUUUUGUCAGUUAUGGAUAUUUUAGUUUAUAACAUAUUGAAUAAUUUUAUAAUUAGAAAUUAUAAUAGUACCUUGUGGGAUGUAUGUAUAUACAAAAGAGACCUGAGAUAUGCCUAAGAUAGAGUUUUAUGUAUUUAAUAAAAUGUAGUACUACAA